CCUAAUUAUUUAAGAUUCAAAUGUCAAGCUAAACAUUUGUUCUAUAUUCAGUUCACUUGCAACAGGCAAAGCCAAGCUAUACCAGCAGAAUGAGGAGAUUUAAUAAAGUUCUGAGUCUAUUAACGCUAGGCUUCAUAGCUUUAUUCAUAAUAGGCACUGAUGGGACAACUAGCUCGCGAUGCUUUAGAAAACCGAAUCUGGGCAAAUCGUGCGGUAAACAGGGACACUACUACUACUAUGUGGUGGCUCACAACAUGUGCGUUAGUUUUGUGUAUACCGGAUGCAAUACCGUAAUCGAAAAAAACGAAAAUCGCUUUAAAACGUUCGAUGAAUGUGAGAAUGUUUGUUUAAGGUUCGACAAAUGAAAUAAUAUCAUUUAUUAAGCUCGCAAUAAACCAAGUGACUAACUGAAGUCAAUUUUAACUAA